AGCUAGUGGGCGGAUCCCAGAGCGUGCCGAACCAAUGGGUUAGGCGGGGUGGGGCAACGGUGGCGGUGGCGGCAGCAGCGGGUUCGGUUGCGCGUGGCGCACGGGGUGGGAGCGGAGCCCAGGCCGGGUGCAGGCGCUGCCGCCAGCGACCAUGGGGAACGUCUUGGCCGCUAGCUCGCCGCCCGCAGGGCCGCCGCCGCCUCCCGCGCCCGCCCUCGUGGGACUGCCGCCACCUCCGCCUUCUCCUCCCGGCUUCACGCUACCGCCGCUCGGCGGCGGUCUGGGUGCUGGGGCUGGCGCGGUUCGAGGUUCGGAACGGACCCCCGGUGCUGCGGCCGGCAGCGCCGCAGGGACCGCGGACGAUGGGGCCUGCGGCUGCCUGCCCAACCCCGGCACGUUCGAGGAGUGCCACCGGAAGUGCAAGGAGCUAUUUCCCAUUCAGAUGGAAGGUGUCAAGCUCACAGUCAACAAAGGGUUGAGUAACCAUUUCCAGGUGAACCACACAGUAGCCCUCAGCACAAUUGGGGAGUCCAACUACCACUUCGGGGUCACGUACGUGGGAACAAAGCAGCUGAGUCCCACAGAGGCAUUCCCCGUGCUGGUGGGUGACAUGGACAACAGCGGCAGCCUCAACGCUCAGGUCAUUCACCAGCUGGGCCCUGGCCUCCGGUCCAAGAUGGCCAUCCAGACCCAGCAGUCAAAGUUCGUGAACUGGCAGGUGGACGGGGAGUACCGGGGUUCUGACUUCACAGCAGCCGUCACUCUGGGGAAUCCAGACGUCCUGGUGGGUUCAGGAAUCCUCGUGGCCCACUACCUCCAGAGCAUCACACCAUGUCUGGCCCUGGGUGGGGAGCUCGUCUACCACCGGCGGCCCGGGGAGGAAGGCACUGUCAUGUCUCUAGCUGGGAAGUACACAUUGAACAACUGGUUGGCGACGGUAACACUGGGCCAGGCAGGCAUGCAUGCCACCUACUACCACAAAGCCAGUGACCAGCUGCAGGUGGGUGUGGAGUUCGAGGCCAGCACAAGGAUGCAGGACACCAGCGUCUCCUUUGGGUACCAGCUGGACCUGCCCAAGGCCAACCUCCUCUUCAAAGCUAUCUCCCCGCAGGGCUCCGUCGACAGCAACUGGGUCGUGGGCGCCACACUGGAGAAGAAGCUCCCGCUGCCCCUGACAUUGGCCCUCGGGGCCUUCCUGAAUCACCGAAAGAACAAGUUCCGCGGCUUUGGUCUCACCAUCGGCUGAGCCCCUCCUGGCCCCGACCGUCCACCCUUCCUCCUUCAGACCCCCACCUCCCCCUCCCCCUGCCAUGGAGGGGAGACCUGAGCCCUCCUCCCCCUCCCUUCCCUCCCUCCUCGGGGGUCAGGGGGGGCAGUGGAAAGGAGGGGACCCAUCACCCCAGCAGCUGAGGGGGGGGGAUUCUGGAACCACGGGGCGCUCCAGGAUUCGGGAGCACUAGGGGCAGGGUGCCCAGUGGGCCUGGAGUCCUGGAGGGGAUUCCGGAAUCGAGGGGCAUGCCAGAUUCUGAGCACCAGGGGCAGAGGCGGCCAGACAACCUCAGGGAGGUGUUGGGGCAUCCAGUCCCCACAAGGGCCCUGGGCCUGGCCUGCGAGGGCAGUAAGAAAAAGAGCUUCCCAUCCCCGGUCAGUCCGCCUCCGCCCACUUUCCCACCCAUCCCUCAGUAUAAAUCAUGUUUAUAAGUUAUGGAAGAACUGGGACAUUUUACAGAAAAAAAAAAAAACAACAACAAAAAUAUACAUGAGAAAGUGAA